AUGGAAAGCUCAUCGGAUCUAGUUCGAUUCCAUGAGUGCUACCAGAACUGGAUGACUCAACAACAAGAAGAUCUUGAUGAGCUCUUACAAGUGUACAACCAAAAGCCUAAUGAAGAAGAGAAGCUAGUCUCGGUCAUCGACAAAGUUCUCGAACACAUGCAAGAGUAUAAUAACAGAAGAUCAGAACUUGCAGUUAUCGAUGCUCCGUCCUUUAUCUCACCUACUUGGUGUCCUUCCAUAGAGAGGUCGUACCUAUGGCUCGGUGGCUGCAGACCUUCGUUAGGGAUUCGACUCGUUUACUGGCUCUGUGGUUCAGAACUCGAGUCGCGACUCUGUGAGUACUUGGAAGGAGUAAGAAUAGGCAACGUUGGCGAGUUAUCAGCAGAUCAACUCAAUCUUAUUAGUGAGUUACAACUGAGAACAAUUAGAGAAGAAGAGAAACUUUCAAGUAAGAUGGCUAGUUUUCAAGAAGAUAUAGCUGAUAAUCCACUCACAGGACUUGCUAACAACUUGGACGAUCCAACAACUGAGUCGAAUGGGCAAGUGGAACAGGCUUUGGAUUCACAUGCUAAAGAUUUGGCUAGUAUAUUAGGUGACUCGGAUAAGUUGAGGCUGAAUAAUCUGAAAGAACUUCUAGGUAUCUUGACGCCGUUACAAGCUGUUGAUUAUCUGAUUGCUUCAAUUAAACUUCACAUUCGUGUGCACCAGUGGGGCUUAAGAAGGGAUGAGCACCAUGGAAGGGCGGGAUAA